AUGUUGGCAGCUAGACCAGUGGCACGACUCGACAACAAGCGAAGAGCGGUGCUCGAUCCUCGCAAGAGGCAGUUUGCAAAGUCACAAUGGCAGGAGCAGAGUUACGAGCAUGCCAUGAACUUCUACAACCUGCCUCCCACCGGCGACAUUGCACUCGAACAGUUUGAAGAAUGGGGCAUUGCCAGACUGAAGGUCCUCGCCGAACUUGAGUCAUGCCAAUUCCGCAACCGCAGCGCCGAAGAAACCUCGACAUACAUGAAGCCCAUCUUGGACAAGUACCUACGCCUGGAUCAGAACUCGUCAAGGUCCACCGAGCACAAAUUCCAACGUAAGCGCGAUCACUACUCACACUGGACUCUUCGACUUGCCUUCUCCGCAACGGACGACCUACGGAAGCGCUUUGCCAGACUCGAGACCCAGCUCUUCCGCCUCAGACUCAACCAGAACGAUGCUCGAGAACGCAAAGACUUUGUUCAAAGUCUCAAUAUGAGCUGGGAGACUGUAUCCGACGACGAAAAGGCCCGUAUGCUGGACGAUCUGAAGAGCGCUACUGGUAUUUUCAAGAACGACGAGGAAUCGUGGUUCAAGGUCGACUGGGAGAAUGUUCCCGAGCUGGUCGAGCAACGCAAGGUUCUCCUCAAGAUGGGCAAAGCCUAUGUUCACAUGCGUGAGCAAACGAGCAUGGUUGUUGGAGAGUUCAGCAGACAACUCGAGGCCGGUCUGGAACUGGCUGCUCGUGCCCUGCCUCGCAUGGAUGAAGACAACCGUCUCUCCCCCAUUCUCACGCAUUUGUCCAAGUCCUUCGCCUCGCCAGACGCCCAUUACAACGCUGACGCCUCGUCCAUCUCCGACACAACCGUCAUCACCGCCAACAUGAUCGACGCCCUGGCCUCCCACUUCCCUCUCUGCAUGCAAAGUCUGCACCGCGAGCUACGCAAGAACAGCCACUUGAAGCAUUUCGCCAGACUGCAAUACUCUCUCUUCCUCAAAGGCAUCGGUCUCGACAUGAACGAAUGUAUCGUCUUCUGGCGCAAGAGUUUUAAACUCAUGACCGACGACAAGUUCAAGAAAGAAUACCUCUACAACAUCCGUCACGCUUACGGCGACGUUGGCGGUGACUCCAACAGACGCGGCAGAGGAUACACACCUUAUUCGUGCCAGAAACUCAUCACCGACGUCCCCAGCAGUGGUCAAAGCCAUGGGUGCCCAUACCGCUGGUUCAGCCAAGAUAAUCUUAUGGGUCUACUUCAAACUACCGGCGUCAACGACCGCGAAGUCCUCAAAGCAGUCAAGGAGGAUGUCACAAAGACUCGCUUCCACAUUGCUUGCAACCGCGUCUUUGAACAUCAACACAAGAAUGAAAUCAAGAAGGUCAAGGAUGCUUCGUUGUGGCCGCAGAGUGAGCUUGAUACUAUCACGCAUCCCAACACUUAUUUCAAGCGCAGUUUCAUGCUCAAGAAUCUCAAUAAAUUCCAGAGUGGUGAUAUGGGUGUAGACGGGCCUUCGCAGACCUCGCAGGGUUAG